AUGGUCGCGGGUAAGAAGAAUAAGGCCAAAGACAAGGCCAAAGCCAAUACGAAGAAGGUUAAGAAGGGACAGAGCCCUGAUGUCGCAGAAACAACUACAACCACUCCCACUCCUGGCAGCCCUGAACUUCCGGCGCAGGAAACUGAACAAGUCCCUGAGCCCGUUGUUGCCCAGUCUCCUGAGAUCAAGACGCCCUUGCCGGUGUCAGCUUAUGAGGUAUUCGACGACGACGACGAGCCGGUUGCCUCUGACCCUGUCACGAGCCAACAAUCCCCUGUGCUUGAGACUAUUGUCCCAGUCGAGUCAGACCCUGUUCCAACCCAAGAGGCUCUUGUGAGCGACCAACAGGCACCAGCUAUCCCAGACCCUGUCUCCAACCAACAAUCUACUGUGGCCGAGGCUGUGCCAUUGGCGACCGACCCUAUCACAGAGCAAUCUUCUCCCAAAGUCGAGGCAGACAAGCCUGACGAGAGUUUUCCCUACUUGGAUGAGACAGUCUCGUUCCAGCCUGCCGUGGUCGACGAUACAGAGUCCAAAGACCAAGAGCUCUUGGAUGAUCCAAGCAAGCAAGAAGUCGAGGCCUCUGAACCAAUAGUUUCAGCAGCACCAGCUGAUCCAUUCUCCCCCGUUGCGGCCAGUGUGCCCUUGCCAUCGCCGUCUUUAACUGAAGCACGGUUUAUGUCAAGUCCCUCUCAGGACAACUAUUUAUAUCAACCUGCACCAUCCGCAUAUUCCCCCUACACUGCACCCAUUCCAUACUCUUCACCCGUCCCAUACGCCUCUUCAAUCCCCUACUCUUCCCCAGUACCAUACAACCCUCAAGCGGCUUAUGGUUCGCCUGCGCAAUACGCUUCCCAAGUACCCUACACUGCCUCCCCAGUGCCUUACGCAACUCCGGUGCCCUACUCCGGGUACCCCUACGCCGGCUCUGCAUACGCUGGUUCUGCAUACGCCGGCUCUGCAUACGCUGGUUCUGCAUACGCCGGCUCUGCAUACGCUGCUUCUCCAUACGCCGGAUCUCCGUACGCUGGAUCCCCAGCAGCUUACGCCUCCCCAGUGCCCUACACUGCUUCGCCUGUGCCCAAAGUCAGCAGUCCCCUUGCACGUUCCCACUAUCCCUAUAAAUCACCCAGCAUGUCCCCAACCGCAACACCACCUCCCCCAUCCGCACCGAUGGCCCAUCCAGCUCCCCCUUCUGCAGCUGGCUCUGCGGCUCCAAGCCGCUCAGCUUCUGUCAACUCACCAGUGAUGAGCUCCGCUGGAGCUAUCCCUCCAUAUGGACAGUACUCUCCUCACUAUUCUCACGACCCGCAUUACAUGCAGCGAAGCUACAGCAUCCCAGACCCAUCUUACGCAGCCUCAUACCAGGCCCUCCAGAAUUUGUCAAUGGCCGGCCAGCCUGGUGAAAAUGGAGCCUUGUCCCCCCCAGACAGCGACAGUGAGCAUAUCGAGCUUCUUCAACGGAUUCAGUCUGCCAUCCCUGAUAUCAACCGCCUCUUACAUGGAUUCCGCAACACCCAUAGCAAGUUGUCAAACCGCGAGGCGGAGAUCAAGCAGAUUGGAAAUCAGCACGAACAGGCAUUGAUGUCCAAGGAGUACUACAUCGAGGCAUUGCAAUCUCAAAUGAAGAAGACUGCAAACGAAAGCGCCGAAGAUGGUUCCAGACUCAAGAAUACGAUCAAUGAGUUGCGACUGGAACUGGGUAACCUGCAAGAGAAGCAGAGAGAUCUCGAGGAUGGUUUGGCUGUUCACCAGAAGUCCAAUGAGGAACUUACCCAGACCAAGGUUCAACUCGAGGGACAAAUCGAGCAGCUGAACACCAACAUUCAGGAAGCCAAGGAUACUCACGAGAAGGAGCUGGAGAGCCACAAAGAAGAACAGGAAAAAGCUCUUGCAGCACAGAAGCAGGAGCUCACCGAGCUGUUUGAAGAGAUCAAGGGUGAAGAUGAGAAGAUCGCAGCGGAGAAUCUUGAGACCCGUGAGCGAGAGCUUCGCAGCGAGCAAGAAGCCGCCAAGGGCGAAUGGGAGAAGGAGAAGUCAACCAUGCAAGAGUCUUUCGAAGCCCAGCGCACCGAGCUGGAAGCAACCAAGACCGAAUUGUCAUCCAAGAUCGCAGACUUGGAAUCCAAGGAGACCGAAAUGGAAAGCCAACUGAGUGCGCUCACAUCGACGCGCGAGGAAUUGGCAGCUAAGCUAGCCGAACUCGAAGCUUCGCGAAAGGAGAUUGAAGAACUGCACCAGAAACACACCACAGAUUCGGAUGGCCUUCGUGAAGGCCAUGCCGGUGAAUUGGAAACUCUGCGGAAGUCCCACGAUGAGCAGGUCGCUGCCGCCGCCAAGGAACUCGAUGAGAAGAUUGCUGCACUCGAAGCUCAUUUCAAGGAGAAAGAGCAGCUUUGGACCGAGCAGCGGACUGCUCUUGAGAAGCAACUUGCUGAGAAGGACGGUGAAAUUUCCAGUGCUGAGCGAGAGAAGGAGAGGAUGGAGGGAGAUGGCAUCAUCAAGGAGCAGCAUCUUCAGCGUGCUGUGAGCGAGAUGAAAUCGACCAUUGACCACUUGGACCGAGACUGCGAUAGACUGAGAAAGACACUUCUCAGUCUUGGAGAGGCUACCGACCUUAAGAGCACCAAAGGCGAUCAAUUCUUUUUGGACUGCUUCAACGAACUCUCGCAAUUGAUCUACGACUUAUCCAAAGAACAUUUCGCCUACCUCCCAAUCGAUCCACCAAAAGACAUCCUCUCAAAGAUCCCAUCCGAAAUUCCACCCUUCCUUGACAACACCCCAGCCUCACGCGAACUACGCUGCGCCUACAUCCAGCACGUAGUGUCGAAAACAAUAACCUACCGAGUCUUCCAACCCUUCCUCUUCACCCUAGGCCGCCGCUACGACAAAGCAGACACAUUCUUCCAAAUGCUAUCAAUGGACAUCCGCCGUAAAUCCGUCCGCCGCGAAGCCUUCUGGCGCCAACAAACCCUCAAAGCAGCCUACACAACCUCCGACGCCAAACAAUCCAUCAACGUCGCCGCAGCAGUCAUAGUCGACGAAAUCAUCGACCACAUCAAGCACUUCGCCGACCCCAAACACCUGGACUCCCUCGUCACCGGCGUCCGCAAAAUCGUCAAGCUAGCCGCCGAAACCUGGCGCCACGCCCGCGUCGAACGUGAACUCGUCCUGGCAACCUUCCCCGCCCCAAACGCAGACACCAUCCCCAACGAAGGGUGGCUCGAGUACGGGGCGAACUGCGAGCAUGGCUAUCCACAGGGCAAUGAGCCUACACGCCAUGUUGUGCUGCGUACGUUCCCGCGCAUUGUGCGCGAGGCUGCGCAUGAGGACUUUACUAGUGAUCAGGAGCGGGCUAGCUCGUGUAUCUACUCGGAGGGUGUAGUGCUGUAUUCCGAUUCGCCGGUUAUCAUGGCACGGUUGCAGGAGUUUGCGAAGAAGAAGUCGACUGAGACUGUUGUCUCGGAUGAUAGUAUGACUGUUCAUCCGAAGACGCCUCGGCCUUCUAGGGAGGAUUUGGUUGCUGCUGCCAUGGAGAAGUUGGCGCCGGCGGUUAGCACGCCGCCACGUGUUGCGACGAUUCGGUCUGCUCCUACGAGUCCUGGUGCGAAGGGGCAGUUUGUAAGGGGUUGA